AAUCUAAAUUAUAGCCAAGAGUGGAAGACAGAGAAGAAAAAAAAAACUAAACAGAAACCACUUUCUUCCUAAUGCAUAUGAUGAGUAGCUCUUACUUCAAUAACCCAGAUUUGGAAAUGUUGCAACAAGAUCCUACUAAUAUUCUCUUUGAACCAUUUCAUCAUGACCCUAAUAUUCAUGAUUAUCUUUCCUUUGACAUGGUUGACCAACAAGGACCAACAAAAAAUGAACCAAAUCAUGAACUAGUGAAGAACUUUCAAACUAAAGAAGAAAGAUCAUAUAUAGGUGUGAGGAAGAGACCUUGGGGGAAAUUUGCUGCAGAGAUCAGAGAUACAACAAGAGGAGGAAGAAGAGUUUGGCUAGGAACAUUUGAUAGUGCUGAAGAUGCUGCUUUAGCUUAUGAUCAAGCUGCAUUCUCAAUGAGAGGUAAUAAUGCUGUGCUCAAUUUUUCUGUUCAAAGGGUCAAAGAAUCUUUGCAAGAGAUUCAAUAUGAUUGCAGAAAAGGAUCUUCACCUGCACUUGCACUAAAAGAAAGGCACUAUGAACAAAGAAAAAUGUUAUCAAAAGCUACAAAGAAUAAUAAAGCAGGGAAACAAGAUGAAUCAGAGGGAUCAAGUGUUUUGGUGUUAGAGGAUUUGGGAGUUGAAUAUCUCGAGCAACUUCUAACAAUAUCUGAUAAUCAAAGUUCAAGCAGCAACAGCAAGUUCAAAUCAUCAGGUUGUUAAUUUCAGUAAUUUUCUUUCUUGAUUUUUGAAUUUUUUUCAUCAUCGCUUAAUCCGCUUAGCGUGUUUAGGUUUUGCGAUCUUUCUUUUUAUUUUCACAUGAAACAAAAUUUUAUUCGUAAUUUGAGCUCAAA